AAAUUCUUACACAUAGGAUGCGCGUGGACGGAGACGGGAUAUGCUCCGGCAGCGAUGAUUGUGUGUUCCAACGGAUUUAUGAACUUGAGCUUAAAUCAAAUCGUCGGACUGGUAACGGGUAUUAAUGAUCUCACGCGGUUCGUGGGCAGCAAUCAACGCGCGGCGUUCCACGUACAACCGCCGGACGGUAUUAUCAUUAAAAAAACCAGAUGUUUUUCAAAGUCAUACCUGAUCAUCAACGACGCGCACACCCGCCUUACGCUGACCGAAGAAAAUUUGUUAACGUUGGAGUGGAAUCGCGAAGCAAUCGUACGGGCACUUGAUGAUAACGCGAAAAUAUGUACAGCCCUGACGGAGCAAUACGGCACGAUGAAGAAUGCGAUGACGGUGGAGGUGAUAAAUCGAUACGCAACAAUGUCGGUCGAUGAGGUGUACACCGCAAUGAUGAAUCAUCCUGUACACGGAUUACCACCGCGAGAACCAAGUUAUUACAAAGAAAUCGCGGUCAUAGAAUACAAACGGCUGUGCGACGAAAUAUGGGGAGAAAAUGUUAAUACGAUGAUGAUGAUGCCUAACUCACAAUGGAAUUUAGCAGAGUUACUUGACGGUUACACAGAUAAAUCUAACGAUGUCUUCGGAGGAGGAGGAGAGCAGAUCGUCGUCCACGUCAAGUGUGAUGGAACUACCCGACAGCGACGCGGAGAGCACAGUCGAAGAGACUGAAAGUAGUAAUAGUAGUAGUAGUGCCGAUGACGACGACAACACUGACUACGAC